AUUCAAUUAUUCAAUUUUUUAAGAGAAAAAGUUUAAAUUUCGAUGUAACUAAUUUAGAGUUGGCAAUACUGUUACUGUUGUUAUAACCUCACAUUUGCCCAAAAAUAUUACGUAAAAGUAAAAACAAGCAAAAAUUAUGUCUGGGGCUUUGAAGCAGACUACGGGGCUUACCGGGCUAGCCGUUGCGAAGAAUCCUCACCACACUUUAGGUGUUUUGUACGGUAAAAUUCUUCGAGCUUUGCAGAAAAUGCCCCAAGAAGCAGCUUAUAGGAAAUACACUGAGGAAAUUAUUAAUGAGAGGGCUCAGGCUCUAAAGCAAAACACAACUGCUGAAGGCAUUGAAAAACAAAUCGGUUGUGGCCAAGUCGAGGAACUUAUAGUUCAAGCUGAAAAUGAAUUAAUUUUGGCUAGAAAAAUGCUAACAUGGAAGCCUUGGGAACCCCUCUUAAAGGAAGCUCCGGCGAAUCAGUGGGCCUGGCCCCCAGCAAAACCACCAAAAACGUGUUAGAAAUUUAUUGUACAAUCUAGAAAAUUAGAAAUAAAUAAAUAAAUUUUA